AUCCCCUCUCCCUCCUCAUCCCUCUACUCUGACCCUGAACAUUUGAAGAAGAUGAGCAAAUCUGUUCCCUCGUUCCUGCAGAACGAGCUGAGUGGCAGUGUGAUGACCAUGUACAGUGGGGACUAUGGAGGUGUGGAGGUGCAGGGGAACAUUCAGUUCUCCAUCAACUACGUUCAGAAGCUCAGGGAGUUCCACAUCUUCGUGGCUCAAUGCCGAGACCUGGCCGCCGUCGACCCUAAGAGGGGCCGCUCUGACCCGUAUGUUAAAAGUUACCUGGUACCUGACAAAGCCAAAAUAGGGAAGAGGAAAACGUCUGUGAAGAAGAAGACUCUCAACCCCAUUUUCAACGAGCUCCUCAGAUAUCGGCUUCGUAUGGAGCACCUCCGAACUCAGACCCUCAUUCUCUCCGUCUGGCACCACGACACCUUUGGCAGGAACAGUUUUCUGGGUGAGGUGGAUGUGGACCUGUCCAAAUGGGACUUUGACCACACCCAGAUGAACUACUUAGCUCUGAAAUCCAGGCCUACCUCCAGUCUGCAGCCCUCCGAUGACAGAGGGGAGAUGAAACUGGCCAUACGCUUCCUGCCUCAAGUCUCCCACAGCCCAGGAAAGGAUCCCCCCUCUAACAAAGGUGAGGUUCAUAUUUGGGUGAAAGACUGCAAGAACCUUCCCCUCAUCAGAGGGGCCACCAUCAACCCAUAUGUCAAGUGCUUUGUGCUCCCGGACAUGAGCAGAAAGAGUCGACAGAAAACACGGGUGCUGAGGAGUACGGUGGAGCCGGUGUUUAACCACACCAUGGUGUACGAUGGCUUCAGACAGGAGGACCUGAAGGAGGCCUGCGUGGAGCUGACUGUGUGGGACCGUGACAAGCUGGCCAGUAACCUCCUAGGGGGUCUAAGACUGGGGCCUGGCACAGGCAGAAGUUAUGGGGCGUUGGUGAAUUGGAUGGACUCGAAUGCUGACGAGGUAGCUCUAUGGGAACGAAUGAUGACCUCUCCAAAUGAAUGGGUGGAGGAUGUACUGCCACUAAGAAUGCUGACCACAGCAAAGACUGUGAUGAAAUGAGAACGACUGAGAGAAAGUCUUCAACCUGCCACAGUACAAAUAACGUUGUUGCGUUUUAUGUUAUAUACUGUACAUGUGAUGUGUAAUCUAGAAUAAUCAAAGACAUUUUAUAUUGAAAUAUAUAGGAAUGAAGAAGCUUUUGUAAAAAUCUGCUGAACAAGUUGAUCAAAUGUUAUAUUAAUGAUAAUCAUACAACCCAAAUAUUAUUUUUAUUAUCAGCCAAAACACACUUAUUUUCUGUGUUUAAUUCUCAAUCACAAUAAGUUUACUCACUCCAUUAUUUAUAUUUGAUAUGACAAUUUUCCAUGACAUGAAUGUACAUCCUAACA